ACACUCGGACAGUGACCUGGAAUGAAUUUGAAUACCGCUGGCAAAUAAGCAAAAAAGAAAAUAAAAAACCCAAAAACACCAAUCCGCAAAACCCUCUCGUUUGAUUUUGAGUUGAAUCCAGAUUCCAGAAGGAGAAAGAGGGAGCUUUUCAGUUUAAAUCCCCUUAAUCACAGUAAAGAAAAUCCCUGCUUGAUUCAAUGGAUUUCUGAGCAUUUAUGGUUCUUUAGGCUUGUAGUUUAGUGGGUUGCCACCUUGCAACUUUCAGUUUAUGAUGGAUGCAAACGAUAAAAAACGCAUUGCCGAGAAUGGGUUGGGAUGUGAAAACGGGGUUGACAAACAACUUCAUGCUGUUGGGGAAGACAUUGUUGUUGAUCAGUCUGAUGGCGUUCUGAAUGGAAGUUUCACUAUCGAGGAAGCUGAAGGGAAUUUUCAGAAUGCUGUUAAUUUGAAUGAUGAUAUAGCUAUUGACUCUUCUGUCCAAGAGGUCAUACAUGAGUCAAUGGUGCCUCUAGAAAGCAAUUCUUGUGCUGAUUCUAAGGAAUCUGAAGUUAAAACUUCUGGAGAGUCCAAGAGCGGUAAACUACAAAAGGCUCCUGGCAAGCCCAAAAAUGUGAAACUUUCUAACCCCAAGCAUGCUGUGGUUGCUGGGUCAAAGAAGGGCAAAGAUGGAAAGGACAUUUCUUCCAGUUCUGUAAUUUCAAAUGGCACCUCGGCAUCAAGGGCUAAACAGCCUUCUGCUCCUAUUGAAAAGAGUACAUCAUUUAAUGAAAGGAAAACUGUAGUGAAGGUUAAUCAUGAUAAGCAGCAUUGUGGACGUCCUGAUACAACAACUUCCUCAAGUGUUGCACAGCGUGAGAGCCAUAAGGAAAAACCACUACUAAAACCGCUGAAGAAGGGCCCUCCCAAGAAAUCUGAAGCAACGGGUCAAUCUUCUUUAAGUCCUACUGCUGCAGAUACAAAGUCUCACAGAGCGGGUACGCUUCCAAGCUAUAGUUUCAGUUUCAAGUGUAAUGAGAGGGCUGAGAAAAGGAAAGAGUUUUACACUAAACUCGAGGAAAAGAUCCAUGCUAAGGAAAUGGAGGAGAGUAAUAUGCAAGCACAAACUAAGGAAUCACAGGAAGCUGAGAUUAAAAUGUUAAGAAAGAGCUUAAAAUUCAAAGCCACUCCAAUGCCAACCUUCUAUCAGGAACCACCUCCACCCAAGGUUGAGCUGAAGAAGAUUCCACCAACGAGAGCCAAAUCUCCCAAGCUUGGUCGGAGAAAGACGUCAUCGCCUAACAGAGAUGGUAAAAAUGAAAAUGGCUUGCAGACUAGUAGGCUAAGCUUGGAUGAGAAGCCCUCCCAGGAUAACCUUGCCAGACGGCGAUCUCUCAUCGAUGUUAAAAAGCCUCAACGGAAGUCCCUUCCUAAGCUGCCAUCUGAGAAAACCUACAUACCCAGCGAAACAAAGAAAGCUUCCCCUAUCAAAACUAGCAUAUCCAAGGAGAUAACCGAAGUUGAUUCCCAGCCCAAUAUUGUAGCCAAAGUAACUGAUGAAGCUGAAGAUGUUCAUGCAAGUGAGACUGAGCCCAAGGAAAAUGACGAGGCAGAUAUGAGUCUGGUGCAGGAGCCUAUCACAGUGGAGCGUUAAGAGCAAGCACUGAAAAGCUAAAACUAUUGUAUAUUUAUAAAGCAGCAGCCAUAACGCCCUUCAUGCCCAAAACACCAGAAAGGCCUGAAUAAGAUGAUUCGUUUUACAGAUAAAAGGCAUGAAAGAUGUCUAGUAGGGGGAUGAUGUGUGUUCUGUCCAUAUUCAGCAACAAUGUUUGGUUGUCUUAUAUGCGUUCUCUUCCUAGAUUGUGGAGUGUGAUCACUUCGAACUGCAAGCGAAAACUGUAAAAUCUCAAGGUAAUUAGCAUCGCGAUUUGUUGUUCUAGUUAACUCACAUCAGACUAGCUGAAGAAUGGUUUUGGGGAGUUUGGGUUGCAGUGGUUGAAACUGUGUGGAUGACCUUUUGCCUAUUGUUUGUUAAUUAAGGUGUGUGUCUAUAUUUGCUUAGAAAAUUCUUUUUCUUCGCCGCCCUCCCCCUCUCUUGUGUUGUGUUAUACAGAACUAAAUAUCAGUGUAUAACCUUUAAUUGUACAUUUUUUGAAGAUAUAUGGAUUGUUGUAUUGCAUC